UCCACUGUGAUGACAGAAGCCCGCUGGAGCUGGAAGCUGAUUGGCUGAUGCGACUGAAUGGGUUUCUAAUGUAUCAUAACCCUCCCAGGUAACUGUACUGUGUACCGGAGCAAAGUCUACUGGAACAGAGAACUGCGACAUGAGGGGGAAAAGAGACUCGAGAGACUUCAGCGCUUUGAAAGAAACAGCGGCUGAGUGAGGAACGAGUGAUUCAGAAGAGAGAGAGAGAGAGAGACAUGGACGGGAAUCCAAAGAGAAGAAAAAAUAAAAAUUUGGGCCCACCUGCUCUGUCAGGAGACUCUUCCAGAGAGAACAGCGAGGAGCAACUGGAGAGACUGAUGAGGGAGGUGGAGGAACUGAAGAGAGUGAUGGAGGAGAGACAGAUGAGGGAGGAGGGGGAGAAACUGAAGAGUAAAAUGAUUGCUGAGAUCCUCGAGCCCAUGAAGGAGUUUGCCCGGCUGUUUGAAAAAGAGAAGCCCUUGAUUGAGGAAUACCUCGGAGAACUCAAAGACAUGGCUCAAACACUGCUGGAGAGAGACAGGGCUGAACAGGCUGCAAUUGCGAAAGGGCUCGCUUUGGCUGUCGCAGGGUGCGCAGGGCUAGCGCUGUCUCCUCUUACACUCAGAACCUCCGCUCUGCUGGCUCUGGGAGGGCUUGCUGUGGCUGGAGCAAUCACAGGACUUGCCAUGUCUGCCAGUCCUGAGAUCGACGAGAACAGAUUAUUGAAAAUAUUAAACAGAAGUCAGUAUAAAAUAACUGCGCUUGGUACAUCAGCCGAUGAGGUCUGCCAAGCACUUUUUAAAUGGAAGGGAUGUUUUUAUGCAGAUAUGGCCGUGCUUGCUACUGCAUCCUCUGAUGUGACAGAAGCUACUCGCGUGUUGACGGCAAUAGAAACUAAUCCAGCCCUCAAAGUGCUACAUCUCGAUACAUACUUUGUCGAUUGGGAUAACUAUGACUGGAUUAAAAACAGCAUCAAAUUUUAUAGAAUGCAAAACAACAAAAGAGCAAUAGAGAUUUGCAAUUGGGUGGAAAAUGGGGAAUCAGAUCUAGCAAACCUGGCAAAAGCCUACUCGCACGUGAAGGUGUAUAUUUCACUUAUUAGAGAUCUGUAAAACCCGUCAGUCAGGGAUAUCGGAUCUCAUGCAGAGAUGUAGAAUCAUUUCUGUGUGAUAGAAAUGGAAGCAUGUAUUGUUAAUACUGGAUUCCUGUGAAGUGCAGUGGGUCAUAUUGCAGAGAAUCUGUGUGUAAUACAGACUAGAGCAGUGAGGAGCCUUAUAAUAUAUAGCACUAGAAUGUGAUACUGAUGCGAUCCAGCCCUCUGAAAUGUCUUUAUAAUAUACAGCGCUAGACCCUGAUAUCGAUGCGAUCCAGCCCUCCGAAAUGUCUUUAUAAUAUACAGCGCUAGACCCUGAUAUUGAUGCGAUCCAGCCCUCUGUAAUGUCUUUAUAAUAUACAGCGCUAGACCCUGAUAUCGAUGCGAUCCAGCCCUCCGAAAUGUCUUUAUAAUAUACAGCGCUAGACCCUGAUAUUGAUGCGAUCCAGCCCUCUGAAAUGUCUUUAUAAUAUACAGCGCUAGACCCUGAU